AUGCCAAUGCUCCAGGAUCCAUGGAGAAAAUAUAAACGGUUCCCGCCGCUGAAGCUGCCCGACCGCCAAUGGCCAAACAAGACCCUCGACAAGGCCCCUCGCUGGCUGGCCACCGACCUUCGCGAUGGCAACCAAAGCCUGGUCGACCCAAUGAACGGCGACGAGAAAUGGCGCUACUUCAAGAUGCUCGUCGACCUCGGCUACAAGGAAAUUGAGGUGUCGUUUCCGUCCGCCUCCGACACCGACUUCGCCUUCACCCGCCGCCUGAUCGAGACGCCCGGCGCCGUGCCCGACGACGUCUGGCUGCAGGUCCUCUCCCCCUGCCGCGAGGACCUCAUCCGGAGGACGGUCGAGUCGCUCAAGGGGGCCAAGAAGGGUCUCAUUCACAUCUACCUCGCCACGAGCGAGUGCUUCCGGCGCAUCGUCUUCAACUUUACAAAGGAGGAGACCCUCGAGACGGCCGUCCGGUGCACCAAGCUCGUCCGGUCCCUGACCAAGGACGAUCCCGCCCAGCAGGGUACCGAAUGGGCCUUUGAAUUCAGCCCCGAGACCUUUUCCGACUCCGAGCCCGAGUUCGUCAUCGACGUCUGCGAGGCCGUCAAGGCCGCCUGGGGGCCCUCGGUCGAGAACCCCAUCAUCUUCAACCUGCCCGCCACCGUCGAAAUGUCGACGCCCAACGUCUACGCCGACCAGAUCGAAUAUUUCUGCCGCAACGUGACGGAGCGCGACAAGAUCUGCGUCUCCCUGCACCCGCACAACGACAGAGGCUGUGCCGUCGCCGCCGCCGAGCUGGCCCAGAUGGCCGGCGCCGACCGGGUCGAGGGAUGCCUGUUUGGCAACGGCGAGCGCACCGGCAAUGUCGACCUGGUGACACUGGGCUUGAAUCUAUACACCCAAGGCAUUCACCCCAAGAUUGAUUUUUCCGACCUCAACAGCAUCAUUGAGACGGUCGAGACGUGCAACAAGAUCCCCGUACACGAGCGUGCCCCUUACGGUGGCUCCCUGGUCGUGUGCGCCUUUAGCGGCUCGCACCAGGACGCCAUCAAAAAGGGCUUCCAGCUCCGCGAGCGCGAGAACCUGCCCUACGACGCCCCGUGGCAAAUUCCCUAUCUGCCCCUGGAUCCGCAAGACAUUGGCCGCACGUACGAGGCCGUCAUUCGCGUCAAUUCGCAGAGUGGCAAGGGCGGGGCCGCCUGGAUCAUCCUGCGCCAGCUGCAGCUGGAUCUUCCCAGGGGCCUGCAGGUCGCCUUCUCCAAGGUCGUCCAGAGAAAGGCUGACGACCUGGGCCGGGAGCUGCGGUCGCAGGAAAUCACCGACUUGUUCGAAAAGACGUACUUCGUCAAGGAGAACCGGCAGUUCAGCAUUGUCGACUACAGCAUCUUGCCGGACCGCAGCUCCUCACCGGCCCCCCCGGCACCGGGCAAGACGCAAGAUACCAAAGACUUGAACCGAGUCUUUGAGGGCGUCAUGUCCUGUGACGGCAAGGAGUUCAAGCUACGUGGCCGCGGCAACGGACCCAUCUCGAGUCUGGCCAACGCGCUCAAGGGCGUUGGCAUCAACCUCGACGUCCACGACUACAAGGAGCAUGCCAUUGGCAGGGGUCGCGACGUCAAGGCCGCGACGUACAUUGAAUGCACGGCGGUCGGCAGCAAUACCAACGUGUGGGGCGUUGGCAUCCACCACGACGUGGUGCAGAGUUCACUGACGGCCCUCCUCAGCGCCGCUAGCAACUUUGUCGCCAGCCGUUCCGGCAGUCCUUUUAUCCCCAGGCCGGUUUCGCGGGGCGAGGUGAAGGAGCUGGACCUGAACGGCGGCGCCAACGGGCCGAGCAUCGUAAGCGCCUUGGAGGCAAAGGUGAGUGGAGCGUAA